GCGAGACAGGAAGGCGUAAAGUGGUUCGUUAGAAAUACUGGUCUAAUUCAAUAUGGUAAGCAUUACGAAUCUUUUCGGUGAGUCGACGGCUCGUUUGGCUCCCCAUUCUAAAUUAUUGGAAACAACCACAGAACUAGCUACUAAAAAUAACAACUCUCAAAUGUAAACCAGUAAAAUACGGAUAGAUUUAUAUGACUGAGUACAAUGCACGUUCAAAUAAAUCUACUAGCCUUACCUGCCCCUAAUACUUUGUUUGACUGACAGUUUAUUUACUUGACAUUAUCCUACUGGAAAAACACAAAGAUGCCCCGCCCAAGAUUAUUUUUCUCUAUUUAUGAUAUGCAAUUUUUCAUGGAUAAUUGGGAUAACUGCACAAACAUAAAAAAAAAAGCUAUUCAUAUGGAGUCAAAAUAACCGCUCUAUUCACCAAUACAAUUGGGUUCCCAAUGUUCAAGAUAAAGAGCUGUUCUUCGUUCGCGAGGGAGUAAGGUGAGGCCAGGCCGUAAUAUUGAUAGACUACGGAUAUCUGUGGUUACCAUUUACGCAAUGACUAAUAUAUAUAAUAUAAAUAUGUUUUACGAAAUCACAGUAAACAUAUGGUAGAAUUUGUACGGAAUUUCGGGUUUAUCCGUUUUUAUUUCUAGAUGUUCAACACGCCCCCUCCAAAUGCAAUAAUGACGUACUUCCUCCAUGACUUUGAUAAUGCCAUUUUGAUCUGAAACAACAGCGGUAUUUAUUUUCGUCGCAGAUGUUUUUGAGCGUAUACAUUUGCUUUCAAAUCGUUAUGCUGCAUACAUACUAGAUUAUAAUUACUCAUUUAAUACUUAAAGAUAAUUGUAAGAUUGCGCUGUUUCAGUUUUCCUCAACAUAAUUUCAACUUUUAGGGGCAACACGGCAUGAGACGCCGUUAGCUCAUCCAAAGCUACAUUGCUAAUACGAGGUCGUCGUCCGGUGUAACCUAACAAAGGAACGCUAGUGGGAGUACAUUACUGUGGAAACCAUUGAGGUUCGUGUGCUUACUUCAUACGACAUCUAGCUACGUCAUUAUAAUACAUUUUCACUUAAGCGGUGUUCGUUGUAACACUGUAUUUCUUUUUGCGUAACUGCGUUACUGACGAAUAUUUUUUAUCAGCACACAUCGUCGGGUAUAAACAAGGGGUUUAGGAGCUAACUUUUCAUAUUGAGCACAAGGUUUUUUCCGACCAAGGAAAGGCGUUGUGGGUAAAAUGGCAGAGGUGUACAUUCGCGUAGCCGAAGAGGAGAAUGAGGAGCCCAUGGAAAUUCCAUCCGAGGAUGAUGGUACCGUGUUGCUUUCUACGGUAGCGGCUCAGUUUCCUGGGGCUUGCGGCCUGCGUUUCAGGAGUCCUGUUUCGCAGUGCAUGAGAGGGGUCCGUUUGGUUGAAGGGAUUCUUCAUGCUCCGGAGAAUGGUUGGGGCAAUCUGGUCUAUGUCGUCAAUUAUCCUAAAGUGUUCCAACAGCGAUUGAAUGAUGAUCCCUACCACCCUGUUUCAGACAACAAAAGGAAAAUGGAAGAGAUUGAUGCUGCAUCUGCUGUGAAAAUGAAGAGGGGUGACAUGAAGACAUCUGAUCUUAUUGUACUGGGGUUGCCAUGGAAGACAACGGAGCAGGACCUGAAAGAUUACUUCAGCACCUUUGGAGAAGUGAUCAUGGUGCAGGUGAAACGAGACGUAAAGACUGGAAACUCAAAAGGAUUUGGCUUUGUGAGGUUUACGGAGUAUGAAACCCAAGACAAAGUGAUCUCUCAACGCCACAUGAUUGAUGGGAGAUGGUGCGACUGCAAACUUCCUAACUCAAAGCAAGGCCCAGAUGAGCCCAUGAGGAGCAGGAAAGUGUUUGUAGGCCGGUGUACUGAAGACAUGACUGCCGAUGAGCUGCGGCAGUUCUUCAUGCAGUACGGCGAGGUGACAGACGUCUUCAUCCCUAAGCCCUUCCGUGCUUUUGCCUUCGUCAGCUUUGCCGAUGAUCAAGUGGCCAGUUCCUUAUGUGGAGAAGACCUGAUUAUUAAGGGGGUCAGCGUGCACAUCUCAAACGCUGAGCCAAAACACGGCAGUAGGCAGAUGAUGGAGCGAGCAGGGCGGUUCGGGAACGGGUUUGGGGCUCAGGGCUUCGGUAGUAACCGCACAGGGUUAGGCAGCAGUGCCAGCACUAACAUGGCUAAUUUUGGCAACUUUAGCCUGAACCCUGCCAUGAUGGCUGCGGCUCAGGCUGCCCUGCAGAGCAGCUGGGGGAUGAUGGGGAUGUUGGCUAGCCAGCAAGGGCAGACCGCCACCUCAGGCACCACCUCCACAGGGCAGGCCAGCUCCACCAGGGAUCAGACCUACAGCGCAGGCAACAGCAAUUAUGGCACCAGCUCAGCCAGUUUAGGGUGGGGUACGGGUUCUAACUCAACAACCAGUGGUAGUGGGUUUAGUUCAGGAUUUGGCUCCAGUAUGGAGUCCAAGUCUUCCGGGUGGGGUAUGUAAGUGAAAUAGUUUGUAUGGUAAGUAUUGUGAGAUGUCUUUUUUUCAACUCCAUUUCUGGUGUUAUACGUAUCUAAUAACUAAACGCUUUUGUGAAAGAGGUUUUGUACAUUCGGGGAGAAAGUGCUCAAGAUCUAAUUUAGAAAGUGUUUGAAGUGAAUUGUUUGCCAGGGUGUUCAGCUUCAGUGCUACUUUUUUCCAGUUGAUUUGUUCUUAAGUUUAUAUCCAGAAUUAUUUUCAACUGGAUUCUUGAAUGCAUGUAUUGUGAGUUUAUGUUUCUGAAAAGUGCAUGAGAAAUCACUAUGGUUCACUAUCCUUCCAUAUAUUUGACAACAAUCUUGCAUUGGAAAGAAUCUGGUUGAAACUGAAAUGUUUUAAGUGCAACUUUAUUUUCAGUCAAGUUCAAUGGAAAAGCCUUCACUACAAUCUCUUCUGCAGUUUACCUCUCUUCCAUUUUCCCGGGAAGAAGCUCCUCUUUGGCAGCAUUCUUUGGGUGAUGUCAAUAUCACUCUCCCCAUCUGUAAAUGCUUUGCCAUCAAAGAACGGCUUCACUCCGCAUGUUCUAAGAGACGGUGGGUGUUUCAUUUUUAUCCACUUUUUAAUGGAAAGAACUGCGCAACUGACAUUUUAAGAACUCAUGAGUGCGAUUGAGGAUGGCUUGUGGCGAAGGGUGAAUCGAUGAGUGAGCGAACGGAGAGAAAAAGAAAGCGUGAAACGGACUGGUUGUGCGAUGAAAGAGCCCAAUUUUGACUGCUUUUGUGAGUGUGAAUGGAAGCUGCAGAUGCUACGAGCUCCUCCCCCUAAAAAUGGACUUUCAUUUACUAGUACUUCAAGAUCUUUUUUUAUCUUGCAAUUUUUCCUACCCUCAUUAUAUUUAUCAAGUGCGGAAGUAGUACCCAAAUGUAGUGUGGAAUGUUGUGCUGAAUAUGUCUUGCUUAUAUAACCUACCUGACCUGAAUGCUGUAUGGUGUGUGGUUUCUUUCCUUGUCAUUGAUGCUCUGUAAGUUGUGAACUUGAUGUGGAUGACACCUGCUGAGGACACUGGGGACGUGAGUGUUGGUGUGAGAACGUGGAGUGGUGUGGUUGUCAAAUGUUUCCCGGCGUGAUUCUCCGUGUGUUCCAACGGUGAUUUAGACAUGUCACAUGAAGAGUUCUCUAAUAAAACUUUGAAUAGAUAUGUUUAUUUGAA